CGGGACGAUAAUUUACGGCAAUGUGUACAAGUUGAAUCGCGCUGAGGUCGAACGCAAAGGAGAAACCUUUUCCCCGGUGCUUUGUUGAUGUGCUUUUACGUGGAGGUAAAGCUUUGUUUCUGACAUGGCCAACCCUUUACGGGGUGAGGUUAUCAGGCUGUAUAAAAAUCUGCUGUAUGUCGGACGUGAAUACCCAAAGGGACCAGUUUAUUUCAGAGAGCGACUAAAGUCGGCUUUCAUGAAGAACAAGGAUGUGAGUGACCCUGAGAAGAUCAAGCAGCUGGUGGCUAAAGGAGAACAUGUCAUCAAGGAACUGGAGGCUCUUUAUUUCCUGAGGAAAUACAGAGCCAUGAAGAAGCGCUACUACGACCCAGAAAAAUAAUCCAAAAACAUUUAUCCUGACAGGACACACGGACAGGGGAAAGUGCAGUUUAUAAUUUCUAAUUUACCAUAUC